AUGGGAAAUUGUUGCUCAUAUCCUGAUAAAAUACAAGAAAAAGAACAUGAAUAGUAGUCAUAAAACGAAAAUAGUUCUUACCAUGGGAAUACAAAUUCAAAAGCUAAUAGUAAAGGAGAUAUCGUUAAUCAUCAAUCUUAGAUUCAUGGAGAAACAAAAAGAGAGGAUACUAAUUAAUUUGAUUCACAAGAAAACAAUUAGCCUUUGAUGCAGUCCAUGCAUAAAUAAAAUACUCCAAAUAGUGUGGGCAAUAUCCCUAGUAACACAAAUAUACAACCCAGUGUAGUUUAAAGUGGAACGAAUAUAUAGCCUUCAAGCUAUGCAGUUUAGCACAGAAAUAGUGGUGGAUUUAACCAAGCUAUCAAUCCCUCAAUGAUGGAGAGCAGCUCAUUAAAUGGGCAUUAAAGACCUGGGACAAUAAUAUAGGGAAAUAAAGAUGAUUUAGGUUCAUAAAAGGCUGCUAGACUUGAUACAUAAGAAAGGGAAUUCAAAGAAGGAAUUGUAGAUGCAUCUAUUUAGUAGUAUGUUGUGAGAACAAAAGACUAAAUGUAGAAUUCAGAUAUGCAAAAAUUUUUAUUCUUAUGCAGAAGCGACACUUCAAAAUCAUUCAUUCUUUAGAUAUCGCAUUCUUAAGCUCAGCAAUAAGGAUCAACCCAAACUUUGUUUGAUGUAGCUUAGAAAUAUAUAAAAUAGCAAUACUCUACUGAUGCAAUUAGCCUAGAGUUAUUAUUUGGAAUGUAAAAUAUGCAGAAGUCUCUGUAAUAUCAUUAGGAUUGUUUUCCUGCUUACUUCAAAACUAAGGAAAUAUUUGAGGAACCCUACUACAUACAAGUUUAGCUUCCACCUUCUGCUAAAAAUCAAGGAAAUCCUACAUGGAUUUAAUAGUUAGUUUUUGCAUCUAUGACCAUAGAUGAUGUAAAAAAAGAGCUGUGCAAGAUAGAUCCUAAUUUAAAUAUAAAUGCUUGCUCUAUGUAUAAAAUAAUCGAAGAUUAAAGCAAUGCUUCUCCUCUACAAUCUAAAGGCAGAAUAAACACUUAAGAAUUUAAUGCAAGUCCAUAAAGCUGGGUACCACUAUUAGAUGAAGAAAAAUUAGGUUUAAACGGCCAUGACUAACUCUUUGCGAUCAGAAAUAUGGAUGAUGAAAAGACCCCAAUAAUGAAUGGAUCAUAAGUAAACGGUGUUGCUAGUGGAAAUGAAAUGUAUUGGCCAUCAGAUAACAGUUAAUAAGGAUCUUCCACCUAAGAAGUUUAGUUAAAAAAGAAAGAUGAAUAGCCUUACAGAAAGGUAUUAAUUGGUAUCAAUAUAGAAUAUGAGUGUAAAAAUUCACAAUGCAAGUUAAAUGGCAAAAGAGCAGUAAAAAAUGUAGGUAUUGGAAUUUACGAUCUAACAGAAAACUCAAAAUUAUCAUGUCUUCAAUGUAAAUCUAAUCAAAAUACUUAAAUCCAUUAAAUCGGAUUCUACUAAUGUAGAUUCGCAUACACAGGAAUAUAAGACUUAAAAAAAAAAUCUUCACCAAAAUGGUAAAUAUCUUUUUCUUCUUAAACAUUGAAGAAACUAGACUAAAAAGAAGUUCUUAGAAAACCUACUCACAACCAUUAAAAUUGGAGUUACUUCCUUGAUACUUAGCAAUGGACCCGAUUUAAAUUAUAUGCAAAAAGAAUAUCUAAUUAUCAUAAAUUAAAUGAAAACGAAGAGUUUCUCCAUUCUCUCUAACUUGAAGAUGUUUCUUCCCAUAAAAUGUGUGGAGUCUGCAAACAAAAUGUUUAAGACUAGAUGCAGCAUACAUUAGACUGUGGUCACUCUUACCAUAAGUUAUGUUUGAAUCUUCUUCCUCAAAUAUUUUCAUCAAUCCGCUGUCCAUUAUGUAAAUGA